AUGGCGCUCAAGCAUCUACUCAACUACGACAAUGUCGAUGACUUUCAACAUGGGAGCCACAGUCCGCACUCAGACUGGUACCAACACGGCUCUUCAGAACAGUCUACAGCGGCUCUGCCAACACAGUCCUGGGAGCAAUACAUAACCGAACUUCUCGGCUCGCAAACCGCACCAUGUGACCCACCACUAGAUGGAGAUGGGGUCGACAUAUACAGCUCGUUCCAAGACACGAGUGCUGAUAUUGAGCAAUGGGCGAUGGGACAAACGCCGCAUCGUUCUACGGAGGAUGGAACUCCAGCAGAAGAAGUCCACGUUUGCUACGGUAUGAUUUCUAGGGCUGCUAUCCGCCUUCGAGGCGAUAUGGUGGAGCUUCAUCGCAGGCUCAACUGCAUUGCAUCAUCUCCAAUUCCAGGCCAUGCGCGAAUGGUUAUCAUCAAGCCCGAAGCCCGAUUCCUGGUAGCUUUCCCGGACGGCGCAGUCGUAGGAGACGCGAAUGCCCAAUUAGAUGGAGCAUUGACGAGCAUCGCAGAACAAGGCUAUGAGGUUGAUCUGGAGGUCUUUGCCCCGAUUCGUGUCAUACAAGAGACUAUAGGUCGUGCUACCAAAGAGAAAGAGGCUGUAGUACGGGUACAGGUGAAUGUGUACGGCCCACCGAUAGCUGCUUGCGACAUUGGUAGGGAGCUCUCGCAGCAGAAGAUAUAUCUGCAACGCCCUGUUUACGUCCGAGAUGGUUACCAAUACGAAAACCCGCACAUUCUCACUCUCCCUGGAUUCCAGGGCUCGAUGCCUGAGAUACCACCAUCUAUUACCGAGGAAUCUUGCCCCAACAAGAUUGGUCUGCAGACUUUGAAAAGCACUCUCCAGGAUGUGUAUUCCUCCCUCACGCGAGACCGCAAUCUGCGUGGGUUAGAGGGUGAUGAACGCCUCAAUACCUCUCUUUUGCCGCACCAGAAGACAGCACUUUCAUUCAUGAUGCAGCGCGAAAACGGGCCUAUACCAGAGGAAUACACGCUCUGGAGGUCGAGCGAAGAAGAUGGAGUCCAAUGCUAUCGUCAUGUCCUGACAAGAGGACGCUCAAUGGUUGAGCCGAACGAGACUGGUGGUGGUAUCCUCGCAGACGAGAUGGGAAUGGGAAAGACUCUCUCGAUAUUAGCCCUUAUACUACGGACGCUAAACACUGCGCACGAUUGGGCUAUCCGCAUCGAUGAUCUGAACGAUGCGACUUUGGAAAUACCAAAGAAGAGACGCCGCUCUGGAGCGACCCUGAUCGUUGCGUCAUCAGACCUCAUGAUCAAUGAAUGGUUUCAGGAACUAGAUAAGCAUUUUGACGAGCCUACUCGUAAAGCCUUGAAAGCGAUCAAGUACCAUGGCCCUCAUCGACACGUUUCCCUGGAGAGGCUCAUGGAGGCAGACCUUGUCAUCACUACCUAUCAUACGCUCGCGUCAGAUUUUGCCCGGACCAAGCAUGAGUUGAGGCAUAUUGAAUGGUAUCGUCUUGUCAUUGAUGAAGCCCACAUUAUACGACGGCAAUCCACCAUCUUGUACCGGACUGUAGCUGACAUCGCGGCCCGAUCGAGAUGGUGUCUGACUGGCACGCCUAUACAAAAUCGCCUGGAGGACAUCGGCUCUUUGUUCGCCUUCUUGAGAGUCAAUCCGUUUCACAGCUUGUCGAACUUUCGAAAGACUAUUGCUAUACCUUUUGAUGAGGGCGGUAAGAGACGUACUAUUGCGAUUGAGCGCUUCACUCGUCUUCUGGACUCCAUGUGCUUACGCAGAACCAAAGAUGUCCUGCAAUUGCCGGCUGAGCAGCAUCGAGUGAGAGAGGUACCGUUCUCAUCAGAAGAGCGAUUGCAAUACGAGCAGACCAAAGAGAUCAUGUUCCGAGCUGUUCGCAACCAGAAUGGCACUUUCGAUCAAAAGAGUACGCUGGGCAUGUUCCAGGUACAACUUCAACUGCGAAUUCUCUGCAACCAUGGUACUUGGCAGCAACCCUUCUCCUGGAAUCGCCGCAAACUGCAUUUACUGGAUGAGAGGGAGGCCAUGGAGAUCUCCCUGGGGCGAGACGGCGAGAUCACGUGCUCAAGCACGCCUAGUGGUCACGACGAGAUACCCAGCAAAUGCCCGCUAUGCCAGCCCCUGUGGAAUGUGUCCACCGAAGCACCUCGUUUCAUGGACGCAUCACAAGAAGAUACUUACUUUCGAGCAAACGGACGGUCUUCGAAGAUGGAAGUCUUGAUGAACGACGUCUCCGUCGAUAUAUGGGAUACGAAAAGCAUCAUAUUCACUUGUUGGACGCGCACCUUGAACUUGCUAGAGAGCUACCUCCGUUACAUGUCAAAUAACACGUGGACCCAUGAGCGCAUCGACGGCGAAUGCUCAACGACCAAACGCGAACGUAUCUUGCAUCAAUUCACGGAGGACCCCAAUCUGCGAGUACUGAUCAUGACCACCGGCACCGGCGCGGUAGGGCUCAAUCUUGCGACCGCGAACCGCGUUUUCAUCGUCGAGCCCCAAUGGAAUCCCUCAGUCGAGAACCAAGCUGUCGCACGAGCCCUGCGUCUUGGACAAAAGCAAGCAGUAUUGGUAACGCGUUACGUUAUGGAACAGACGGUAGAGCAGGACAUGCGCGCAUUGCAGGACACCAAACUGGAAAGAGCCAAUCUCAUACAAAGUGGCUGA